CGCUACAUGAGCGAGGACCAUCGAAAACGGGCCGCCCUACAAGCAGCGAGGAGCCAACCCGCCGCCGAACCGCUGUCUGACGAAGACUCUGUGGAACUCCGCAGUACACGCACAGCAUCGAUCCCAGUCGCGGGUGAGCGCGAUGCGGAAGAAGUGCCUGCUCUUCCGAGUCUGUCAGAUGCCACGCCAUCAUGGACUACACAACCUGCCGCAGACGUGCUUGGAAGUGGCCCUCAGUCGGCCAACUGCAGUGCAGGCACACAUGGCGGCGACAACACCACCGAACCCAAGCACACAGCCCCAAAUAACGUCGAUGGCAACUCGACAAACCACGCAGGGGAUGGGAAACUGCGUGAUCCAGGCUACUUGGAUCGAUCUCAAGUUGGCAUGACUCGGACAGCUCUCGCGCCUGACGCAUCCGACGCCUGUGUACGUAUCACUGCGGAUGCUCAGGCUCAUUGUAGUGUGGAGAGCUUCGGCGAGCGGUCUGUAAUACGACAUUACGGGCGACUUGAUGGCGUGGACGACGGACAAUCCGGAUCGAGUACACCUUCCAUGAUUGAAUCUAUCUCUGAUCGUCCGAGGUCCGCAAGCCCUGCGCCGUCGGACUUGCUGUAUCGAGUCUUCCUGGGAAAUCCUGACGAAGAUCGGGACAUCAUCCCACUCGUGUCCAUUUCGUUGGACUUGGCCGAAGUCAGUGAAGUGAACAACCCGAUGGCGUUCCUGCGAGAAGUGGAGGUCAUCCAAUGGCUCGUUGUCGAGCAUCGGAGGCGACAGGCCCGCGCUGCAUGGGAACACGAAGAAUGUUCCGAUGUUACCAGUUUCGAUACUUCAUGGACUGGCGUUGAUGCAGACCUCCAGCGGGACACCCCGGCGCGCAACGACAAAAAGAAUUCAGAUACUUAUCAUACUGUAAUGCUCAAGGUAAAGGCUUGCGCAAUGCGCGUUAGACGUCGCUGGGGCAAUGUCCUGAAGGUUCUGAGAGCAAUACCGACGAGUCUCAAGUCCACAUAUCGCGUCACUUUUCACGCUUCAUAGAGACUAGGGUUGGGUACAAGUGAAAUCGCCGGUCCACCAGUGGUCCAGUGCUGUAGCGUACUGUACAAAUGUAGCGGUCGCGGGAGCGGUGAAGAUAUCGAGUCGUUCAAAAUAAUACUGUAUGCGAAGAUGCGCGCACAUAGACUCAGCCGAAUCAACCAAGACGAGAGUCAAAGGAUCGCUGGUACUAGUAUUCUGUGGCCAGAUCC